UGUUUAUGUGGAGGAAAAUGAACUCGGCCAUGUCGUGCUAACUAUUAGCACCUUUUUUUCCCCUUUUUCUUUUUUUUUUGGAGGGACUUCCGCUGACUAGAGUGAAGAGGUUAUACCCAGUGUAUUCGAGGAGAGACAUACAGAGGGAGUCUGUGCACUCAGACGCAGUGUUUUGGAGCAAAUUAACGCGAAAGACGAUAACGAGGACGCCAUGAGCGGCGGGACUCCGUACAUCGGCAGCAAAAUCAGCCUGAUCUCCAAGGCCCAGAUCCGCUAUGAGGGAAUAUUAUACACCAUCGAUACCGAAAACUCCACCGUCGCUCUCGCUAAAGUGAAAUCUUUCGGCACUGAAGACCGUCCUACAGACAGACCAGUAGCUCCCCGGGACGAUGUCUUUGAAUACAUCAUCUUUAGAGGAAGCGACAUCAAAGAUCUAACCGUUUGCGAACCACCGAAGCCUAACUGCUCCCUGCCUCAAGACCCAGCCAUCGUACAGUCGUCUCUGGGAUCCACUCCGGCACCAUCCUUCCAGCCUGUGGGUUCUUACGCGUCCUUCAGCCGACCCCCUGUUCGCGCCUACAGUCAGUUCUCUGCGUCCCUCGUGCCGCAGCCCAUCGGCGCUCCUGUCACUGCAGGCCGCACAAGCCCGUCUCUGGAUGCCCCGCAGAAGAGCACGAACCUGGAACCUGCGGCGCAGCCUGCUCCACUAGCGCCAUCUGCUGGAUCUGUGAUUCAGAAGAGUUCUGGAGGGGGCAGACCUCCUCCCAGCUCCCAGAAACAGCCUGCUGAGAGCCAGGAGCAAAGCAGAGCUGGCGAUGUAGAGAAGGCUGCUCGGCCCGAGACAGACUUGAGCAAGGUGGAGAACCGGGAAUCCAGCAAACGCCAGCAAGGCAGUGCUCCUGCAGUGCGGAGAGGAAGAGGAGGAAGUGGUGGUGGAGGAGGAAAUCACCGCGGUCGGGGCCGGUAUAACAUGCGCCGAGAUGGACCAAUGAAGUUUGAGCAGGACUUUGACUUUGAGAGCGCCAACGCCCAGUUCAACAAGGAAGAGAUCGACCGCGAGUUCCACAACAAGCUCAAACUCAAAGAUGAGAAGGCGGUGAACGGGGAAGAGAAGGGCGACUCGGGUGUGGAGACGCAAAACAGUGAGGGCAAUGUGGACGAAGAGGAUCCACUGGGACCCAACUGCUACUAUGACAAGUCCAAGUCCUUCUUCGACAACAUCUCCUGUGAUGACUCCAGAAAAGAUAGACCUGGAGGUGGCAGAGAGCGAAGGCAGACCUGGGCAGAGGAAAGGAGAAUGAAUGCAGAGACGUUUGGCCUCCCGUUGCGCCGAGGGCGUGGAGGUUUUCGGGGCAGAGGAGGCUCGAUGGGUUUCCGUGGAGGUCGUGGGCGCGCAGCUGGGCGUGGCUAUUUCGGCCCGCCUCGUGGUGGAGCCGGAUUCAGAGGGGGGUUCCGCUCAGGACGGGGAGGACGAGGAGAUUUCUCUGAAUUUGAGUACCGGAAGGACAACAAGGUGGCAGCGUAGUUCACAAGAGGAACAACUGCAGCGUCUCGUCCCUCCUCCAGACUGGAGUGCUCCAUCCAUCCCUCCCUCCCCCCCCUUCCUCCCUCCUCCCCCCCUUCCUCUCUCCUCCCCUAUAGACACUCUGUCCUAAAUCCAGAAUCCAGUGUGGGUCGACCUGCCCGAGGUGAACUCGUUCCCUCUCUUUCUUUCUUUCUUUCUUUCUUUCUUUCUUUCUUUCCUUUCUUUUUAUUUUUAGAAAAGACAAAGCAAAAAAAAAAGUUGAUCUUCAGAUCUUUCUUUGUUACAGAUACAGGACUUUGUGAAAGAAAGAAGGAAAAAAAAGUAACUUUAGUGAAAUUACUUUUCAGUAUUUUUGCAUCCGUGUUUUACUUCCUUUCGUACAGAACAAUAAUAUGGAUUAAAAUGUAUUUGAUAAUAUUCCUGUUAGAGACAGACACACACACACACACACACACACACACACACACACACACACUGCUGCAUACACGCGUAUUCUGACGCCCGCUGAUACUGUGAGCUCCCAUCAGUGAAAUAGCUUUAUUAUUUCCUUCCUGUCUUAUAGAAGCACCAAAUCCGUCUGUGUGUUCAGGAUGAACGCUUCAGCCUUACUGCCGAGACUAUAUCCGUUAGACCCGUGACUCUGCUGCGAGUAGCAACAGCAUGUUGACUUACCUUUCUUGCUUUCUUCUUAUUUUUUUUUUUGCAGUGACUGUUUAUAUAUUAAAAAAAAACCCUGAUUCGCCCCAUUUCCUCGGCUGAAUGGUCCGAUCCAGCUACUUCCUGAGUUUGUCAACUCAACUCUCCCAAAUGAUGCUGUUAAAAAAAAAAAAAAUCACAAA